CCUAACCUGCUAGGCUACCAUAGCUUUCCUAGCGCAACCACCAUGAAGACCAUCAUUCUUGCUUGCCUCGUCGCCGUGGCUGUUGCCGCCCCUCAGCUCCAGGAGAGGGAGGUCAUCCUCCUUCGCGAUGACCGCAUCGCCAACGAAGACGGCACCUUCUCCUACGCCCUGGAAGCCGACAACGGCAUCAACACAGCCGUUGAAGGAGUUGUUGGAUCUGCCGGCCAGAUCAACCAGGCUGGAUCUUACACCAUUACCCUUGAGGACGGUACUCAGGCUGUUGUCUCUUUCAUCGCCAACGAGAACGGCUUCCAGCCCCAGUCCGACAUCCUGCCCACUCCCCACCCUCUCCCCGCCCACGUUUUUAGGCUGUUGGAAAUCGCCGAGCGUCAGCGCGCUGAGGGCAUCGUCUUCAACUAAAGGACUACGACAAUUUAACGAAUAAAAUGUGUGCACGUGAAUGAAAGCUGAUGUAAUAAAGGCUAUCAAUUAAUAAAAA